CCCUGAGUUCUUGCUCGAGGGCACAUACCUUGAAGCAAGCUUCCAUCACUUCUUCUGGGUCACAUUAGAGAGCAAGAGGCUGACUGGACCAAGUACAGCUGGCUUCCUUGUCUCUUUCCCUUGGGUCUUUGAGCAAAAUUUCUUCUCUGACGACCUGCAUCCAAUGGCUUCCAGUUUGGUGAACACAAGUAACUUCCCACUCAACGAUAGUCUCUGCUCCAUUCACCAACCCUCCUUGGCCACAAGAGUGGUUCUGUCAGUAUUCUACAUGGUCCUUUUGGUCAUUGGUGCCUUUGGGAACAUUUUUGCCAUCUACAUCACCUCUCAAAAGAAGAAGAUGAACUCAACAGAUCUCUACUUGAUCAACUUGGCUGUGUCUGAUGUCCUUUUUACCCUGGCUCUGCCAGGAAGGAUAACCUAUUAUAUCUUAGACUUCAACUGGCCUUUUAGUGACUGGUUCUGUAGGAUGACAGCAUUUAUGUUCUACAUGAACACCUACGGAAGUGUCUACCUCAUGACAUGUAUAAGCAUUGACCGCUAUAUUGCUGUGGUCCAUGCUAACCAGAGUCACAAAUUCCGCCAUGCUGGCUGGGCAAAGAACAUCUCUGUAGUGGUCUGGGGGUUGGCAUCCUUGCAGACAAUUCCAUUGCUCUUUCUGCCCUUGACCAAGAAGAUAGGAGAUAAGUUGAGCUGCAUGGAGUACACCAGUGUUGAAAGGAUUCUCAGUCUGCCCCUUCUACUCCUGGGGGGCUGUGCUCUAGGCUUUUUUGGGCCAGUGGGGAUCAUGUUAUUUUGUUAUGUGAAAAUCACCUUAAAGCUAUGCAGGAUAGCUCAAGAAAACUCAGUGAGGAGCAAGAAGGGUCACCGUAAGAAGGCGUGUCUAGUUAUUCUGCUGGUGCUGAUGGCAGUGAUUAUAUGCUUUAGUCCUUACCACUUCAAUAUUAUCCAGUUUGUGAUUAAAGGACUGCUUUAUCAGUCUACCUGCACUGAGCAGAAGGCUUUUAAGGUUUCUCUUCAAGUCACGGUAUGUUUUAUGAACAUGAACUGUUGUAUUGACCCCAUAAUUUACUUCUUUGCAUCCCAAGCCUAUAAGAAACAGUUCCUCAGGAUUUUUAAGCCCAGAAUUUCAGCAUCCUUUUCCUCUACUGGAAAAACCUCUUCAGAAACAAACAGUAACAACCAGGAAGGAGACUCUGUGCUGGCUUAGUGAGGACCAUGGCCCAGUACUGGGAUUAUUAACCUGCUCUGUUUCAUGGACACCUUUGGCAGUUUAGUGAAGCCUAUGAACCUCUUCUCAGAAUAAAAAUAAA